UCGCUGAUCGCCAACCAUCGAAAUGACAUUCAUGAGAUCGCCAGUGUUUAUUAUUGUGGACUGCUGAAUGCGGGAAUAUUGUACUUGUUUUAAUUUAAUGCCAGUUUAAUUUGUGACGUUCGAAGUGAAAGGAACCUAAUCUGCAUGAUUUUAUCGUGAUCGGUUGAUUUAGCAAAUUUUUCGGAAUAUUUGUGAUUUGUUUCUGGCAGUAACUAUUAAGGUGUGCUCGCUGGCUGUGCGAAGUCGCGAAGACUUCGCAUUCCCGCCAUUCCGGUUGCUGGCUCUCGCACCCUGUUGAUGACUGACAUUCCACAUGGCAGAGAACAACCGAUAUGGAAGCUCUGCGUCCACAGUUCCGUACCAGGUGAAGCAGCUGGCCAGAAUGGUGGUGCACGGAUUCUACGGCCAAGAGCACGGCGUAAUUGCGGAUAUUCUCUGCAGCCUGUCGGUGGUUGAAGAAGACGUCCUGUGCAUCUUAGCCGAUCUAGUCAAGCUGGACAAGAAGCAGUUACGACAGUUGCUGGCUGUUCUGAAGGCUGAUCAGAUUGUUAAAACGAAGAUGGGUGUGGAAACGGGCGAGGACGGGAAGAGUUUGCGUUGUACUUACUAUUUCAUCGACUAUCCUUCCUUGCUCAAUAUGGUGAAGUACAAACUGGAGCUGAUCCGCAAGAAAGUGGAGACGCAAGAGCGUAAUACAGCCAACCGGGAAUCCUUUAAAUGUAAAGACUGUGAGAAGACUUUCUCGGAUUUGCAUCAGGUUUUGGAUCCCUUUUCAAUGAGCUUCAAAUGCACUUUCUGUGGUGGAGAAGUGGAUGAAGAGAUGGUUCCCGCACAAGAAUCCCGAGUUGUGAUGAUGACUCAUUUCAACGAGUCCACUAGUGCCUUAUUUGAUCUCAUACACGAAAUCGACAGCCUCAAUCUCACCCCUGCCGAACUACAAGCGGACAUGGCGCAGUCGAUGGUCAGUGCGGCCAAGGCUGCAGCCAAACCCGGGGCGGCCGGCUCGUGGAGCGACGAUACCAAGAGCACUGAGUACAAUUACGUUCCUACCCAGGAUAUCACCGUUACGAUCGGAGAGACCGAGAGCAAGGGCCAGAAGGCCAAAGAACGUCCGGUAUGGCUGACGGAGAGCACCGUCUUCGCCGGAGAGGUGGCUACCUCGGAGAUAGAUGUCAAAGACCAACCGGAAGCGAUUAUGAAAUAUGACGAAGUCAUGUUAGCGCUGAUGCGGCACGAAUCCCACGUGUACGAGGAAGAUAAGCGACCCGAGCCGGCAUCGGAAGACGAGUUGGAGGAUGUGCAAGAUAUAGGCUUCAAGUGAACUACGAGUGAUUUGCCAUUCGAAACGCGACAACCCAGUGACGGAUCAGUAGGCCUGACGCCAAAGGCAUUAAAGUUUAUCCGAAAUUCGAUGCAUUUUCUUCGAGGAUCACCAAAUAACUAAGAUUCGAUUACAUGCUAUUAAAAUAAAGAUAGAUUUUGUGAUGGGAUGGAUUUGCUCACCGGUUGACCACUCGCAUAAUUCAGAAUUUUUAGUGCUACUUACUCUUUCCCUGGGGCGACUAUAGUUGUUCGGUUUUCGGUUUAGUAGAAGCCAGACGGAUUGGCUAAGUUAAGGUGGGCCAGGUCCAUAGAUUACUAUGUUAUAAAACGUUUUUUGAAGGCAACCAUGGCUCCCUGGUAGAAAGGGCGUCGCCUACGCAGCCUUUCCUACUUCGGACGUGGCCUUCGGUAAUCCCGAAUUAGUUCGCGCAGUCGUCUGCGUUUUCGGGUACCUCCUGUUUACUUCCUCAAUACAAGUGGUCAUUGAGCAAUAGUCAAAUUUGUCAGAACCAUUUUUGAUACUGCAGCCCGUAGGAAUAAAUCAAAAACAGUGAUGUUGUCUUGACAUUGCCGUGAUCGUCUCAUU